AACAUGGCAGAUCAGGCCUAUUUAGAUGAUGGUGUCCCCAUCAGUGGUAGCUUCCAUGACAGCAUCAUCAUUGAAGCCGACAGUGCCAGUAUGCUUAGUCGAACACAGCCUGUCUUUCCACCUCUUCGGAACGACGACAUUGCCGACUCGCCGUCUACAGAUGCACAGCUGCCGCCUGUAGCCGGUAUCGACGACAAUGAUGACAAUGAGCCUGCAAUAGCCAAACCCUUCGCCCGAGCCAACAGCCCUGAGCCCGCCGGUCGAGGCCCCGCCCUGGACGACAAAACACACGAACGUCUAUUGUAUAAGAUGCAUAAGUUCAGCCUUUACGAGACGACCAGUCGUUACUACAUUGUGGGUGGUGAUGUAACGGAGCGACGAUAUCGCAUCCUUAAAAUCGACAGGACUACCGAAGAUUCCGACCUGAGUAUCACGGACGACAAAAUUGUAUAUAGUCAACGAGAGAUGAACCAACUUCUCGACACUAUCGACGAUGGCAAUAAAGGCAACGGAGGUAUCAAGCUGCGUUGUACGACAUGGGGCUUGCUUGGAUUCAUUAAAUUCACGGGCCCUUACUACAUGCUCUUGAUCACCAAGAAAAGCACUGUUGCCAUGAUAGGGGGCCACUAUGUGUACCAGAUCGAUGGAACUGAGCUCGUGCCACUCACCCCCGCUCGAUUCAAAACUGAUGUGCGCAAUACUGAAGAGUCGCGGUUCCUGGCCAUUCUGAACAACCUGGAUUUGACUAGAUCAUUCUACUAUAGCUACUCGUACGAUAUCACGCGGACGCUGCAGCAUAAUAUGGCUCGAGAGCGGGAGGCACUCGCAAAAGGGCUAUCUUGUACCCCUGAUGAUGACUUCAAUGCUAUGUUUGUUUGGAACAGCCACCUUCUGCAACCUAUUGUGCAAGCUCUCAAGGAUCCCUUCGACUGGUGCCGCCCUAUCAUACAUGGCUAUAUUGACCAAGCAGCACUUUCGAUAUAUGGACGGACGGCGCAUAUCACCAUCAUAGCACGGCGGUCCCGAUUUUUUGCUGGUGCCCGUUUUCUUAAGCGCGGCGCGAACGAUUUGGGUUACGUAGCCAACGACGUCGAGACGGAGCAGAUCGUUUCCGAGGCUCUAACCACGUCUUUCCAUGCUCCAGGACCGCGGCUCUAUGCAAGCCCUCAGUACACAUCGUAUGUGCAACACCGUGGAAGUAUACCCUUGUACUGGACCCAAGACAAUACAGGCGUUACUCCGAAGCCUCCCAUCGAACUGAACUUGGUGGAUCCUUUUUAUGGCGCAGCAGCGCUUCACUUCAACAAUCUGUUCGAACGCUACGGCGCCCCCAUAUACGUAUUGAACCUAGUCAAAGCCCGCGAACUGCAGAAUGGGGUUGCCCGCACGAAUUGCAUCGACUGCCUUGAUCGAACCAAUGCCGCCCAAUUUGUGAUCGGCAAGAGAGCGCUGGGACAUCAGCUUCAUGCCCUCGGCAUCUUGGAGGACACGGCUAUUGAUUACGACACGGAUGCUGUUAAUCUGUUCACCCACAUGUACCACGACCAUGGAGACACCAUCGCUGUGCAGUACGGAGGUUCUCAAUUAGUCAACACGAUGGAGACAUAUCGCAAAAUCAACCAAUGGACAAGCCACUCUCGCGACAUGAUCGAGAGCUUCAAAAGGUAUUACAACAACUCCUUCCUGGAUGGGCAGCGGCAGGAAGCGUACAACCUCUUCUUGGGCAACUACAUCUUUUCCCAGGGGCAGCCCAUGCUGUGGGAUCUUGCGACCGACUACUAUCUUCACCAUGCAGACCCUAGGUUGUGGUCAGAGAAGACAAGAGGCGAUUAUAUCAACUGGUUUACCCCCCAGUAUCUUGAAGCAAGAAGUAUACAGCCUCGGAGUGACCCACCCAGCGAGGGCAGAGACAUUCCUGUUGCUUUUUUUGACGACUACUGGCUCGAGUAUUAUCGCCCCUCGACCCUAUCGUCCUUCCUGAAGAUGUUCCCUUAUAAAAUGAACUCGACUAUCAAGUACAUCCCAUUCAAAUCGACACAGGACGGUCGGUAUGACCUUAGCCCCUUUAAAAUUCGCAACGAGACCUAUCCAGAAACUCAAGAGAAGAAGAAGGCGAAGAAAGAAGUGACCAUAGUUGAUCCGCAAAGUGCAUCGAAUUCGCGAGGGCCCGACACGGCUAUAAUAUCACCGGACCGACCGUCGACCGGUACUGGCCGGGGCAUUUCAAUUCAGCGUUGGUUGCAACCUGCACACGAUAAGGUUACGGGUCAGCAAGGCAUUAUGAAAGCCACGCCAGAGGAACCGUCCGUUUUGCCGAAGACCAAGCCGACGCCGCAGGAGAAGUCCAAGGCAGCGCAAUGGACCUUCACAAAAGCUGUGCAUCAAUCUUUGAAUCCCUCAGUAAGCCAGGUUGAGGCGAAUGACUAUGAUCGAUACGUCAGCCACCCCCAAAGUCUACCUCUUGUUGUUUCCGCAGAGGAACAGGCUGAGAAUGAUUCUGAAUACCGAGAUUACAUUAACGGGAGUUGGCAUCUUGAAAGUCAUUUGCAGACAGGACCGGAAGAUGACCCCACCGUCUAUGCCGAGCUUUUGCGUGUAGGCGAAAAUCCCCUUGACGGUGACGGAGGAAGAUGCGCAGAAGAAACGAUACAAAGCGUACAGGAAGUGGCUACGAGGAAAAUCUUUCUUCAAGCAACAGCCAGUGGACUAAAUCUGGUUCUCUGACGAGCCAAGUACUGGUUGGAUGAUUGCGAUGCUGAUAGCUUACAUCUGCUUUGCCGUGUUGUCGAACAGGCCUCCCAAGACUUCAU